GCGCCGCGGGGGGUGCCGGGAAGGCGGAAGGCGGAAGUGAGCGCCGCUGCCGCGGCAGGAUGGCGGCGACGCUGCGGAUCCAGAGCGACUGGAGCCGGGCGCUGAGCAGGGACGAGGGCGAGGCCUGGCUGAGCUGCCGCAGCCCGGGGCAGCCCACCCUGUACGGCAGCCUGACCCGGCGCGGGCUCGGCGCCGACGGCGUCCCAGACAUCGCCGCCUCCGAGGGCUUCCUGGUUGGAGAAGUCACCAAGAAGAGCAUCCUCAUUUCUUGUCCUCAUGAAAAUGUGUCCACAAAAUUCCUGGCUCCCUACACAACUUUCAGUAGGAUCCAUCAGAAAAGUGUCACCUGUCUUGAUAUUUCCAGUGGUGGAGGCCUUGGUGUGUCUGCCAGCACAGAUGGGACCAUGAAAAUCUGGCAGGCUGCAAAUGGAGAGAUCAGAAGGCAGCUGGAAGGCCAUGUCUCUGAUGUGAAUUGUUGCAGGUUCUUCCCGUCGGGCCUGGUGGUUCUGAGCGGGGGAAUGGAUGCCCAGCUCAAGGUCUGGUCAGCAGAGGAUGCCAGCUGCGUGGUCACCUUCAAAGGGCACAGAGGAGGGAUUUUGGACACUGCCAUCGUGGAGAGGGGCAGGAACGUCCUCUCCUGCUCCAGGGACGGCACCGCUCGCCUCUGGGACUGCGGCACCGCCGCCUGCCUGGGCACCGUCGCUGCCUGCAGCGCCCCCAUCAAUGGCAUCGCCCUGGGCACUGCCCCCUGCUCCCUCACCCUGGGCACACCUCAGCAAGCUCCCAGUGAACGUGAGGUUGGCACAGAAGGGAAGCUCCUGCUGCUGGCACGGGAAGAUAAGAAGCUGCAGGGAGUGGGACUGCAGAGCAGGCAGCAGGUGUUCCUCUUUGUGGGAUCUGAUGCCUUCAACUGCUGCACCUUCCUCUCAAGUACCUACCUCCUGGCAGGGACUCAGGAUGGGAACAUCUACCAGCUGGAUGUGAGGAACACCAGUGCCCCAAUCCAGGUGAUCCACAGAUCAGGAGCUCCUGUGCUUUCACUGCUCCCCUUCCGAGAUGGCUUUGGUGCCAGCCAAGGUGAUGGAACCUGCUUUGUCAUGCAGCAAGACCUCGACCACGUCCUCGAUCUCACAGAAGCUGACUGUGACCCUGUGUACAAGGUGGCUUCUUGGGAGAAGGAGAUUUACACCUGCUGCAGAGAUGGGGUCGUGAGGAGAUACCAACUUGCUGACCUUUAAGUCACUGAAGUGUGGAGAAAGCUCUUCCCAGCCUAUUGUCGUGUUCGAGAUGUGAACAGAGACGUUUCUGAGCCUCUUGUGAGGACCAAGCUCUGCCCAGAGGCUUUCUGGUGGCAGCUGCUGUUUCCUACAACUCAUCUCUGAUCAGUUUUAACUCAGAGAGUGGCUUCAAGGUGUUAAAGGAGGAUGCAAAAUGUUGUUCACUGCUGGUUCUAAGGGAGGGAAGUAAGAAAAUACAUUGAAGGGAGGAGGCAAAUAAAAAGGAGUCUGAAGGAG